GGUUCAUCUUUCGUUGUAUAAACAAGUUGGGUAGGGAGUUGCGAUUAACGAACGCUCGACCGCUGUCGACAUUGCCUUUAGAUCGUUGAAGAAGCAAGUUUUCCUAUUGAAAGGCUCGAUGGACGUAAAGGUAUCUAUAGGAGAGGAGGUUGUCAUGAACACCCCGAUCAAGGUGGAGGUUCGGAAGGAUAAAGGAGGAACUUCCCUGAAUAAUGCAUCGGCGACUGAGCGAAGCGCGGAGCAACGAUAUCCAGCAAAAGUGUAUGAAGCUGCUAGAAAACUGGCCGAUGUCAUCAAAGGCGCCAAUGUCAAAGAUAUCAUUUCCACGAUCGAAACGCUUGCAUGUCAAGCUGAUUCGAUUGCCGUUUUCAAUUUCCGGAGGCUAUCGAGGGGUUCGCUACUCCACAUUGCAGCAGCCACCGGCGAGAGCAACAUCGUGAGGCUCCUGCUUGAGCGUGUCGAUGCCCACCUCAUAGCCGCCCGAGAUGAUUGGGGGAAUACCCCCCUCCACCUCGCCACUAAGUUCAAGGCAAUUGGAGCCAUCAAUAUGCUGAUUUUCCGGGCAAAAGACCUCCCCGAUGUCGAGGACAGGCUCCUCCUGAGGAAGAAGAACAAUUAUGGAAACACCGCUUUGCACGAGGCCGUGCUUGCACGUGACGUUGACCUGGUGAGCCAUUUGUUGGGGGAAGAUUCGGAGCCUGUGUACUGGAAGAACAAGGAUCAGAAAUCUCCCUUGUACCUGGCCAUCGACAUUGGCAACUCCAAGAUACUUGAGGUUUUAUUAUCGAAAUCGCUCGACCCAUCGAAGAUACAAGGCUUGCCACCCGUUCUUGGUGCCGUUGCACGUAAACAAUAUGAUUUACUCGGCCAAAUACUCAGAAAGGACACGAAGCUUUUCGCAAUGAGAGACUCCGGAGGCGGUAAUGUAUUCCAUUUAGCAGCUUUCUGGAAUGUGCCCGAAGUAUUCAAAUUCUUACAACCAGAAACCGAAUAUUUGGCUCAAGAACAGGACAACAAUGGGGAUCUUCCCAUUCAUAUAGCGAGCAAGAGGGGUCAUGUUGAACUAAUCAAUAAGCUACAUCUGGUGUCAAAGUGGGUAAAUGGGAAAGGACAAACCGUUCUUCAUGUGGCAGCAAAAUACGGAAGAGAAGAAGUAGUGAGAUAUAUACUCAAACAUCGGGAUCUGAGGGAGAUGAUAAAUGAAAGAGACGAUGAUGGAAAUACAGCUUCACACUUGGCAGUGAAGAAUUUACAUCUCACCGCUUUGAUGCAUCUCGUGCUGGAUGAAGAAAUGGACCCCUACCUUCUCAACCAUGAAGGCUUGGCUGCUGUCGACAUUGCUGGACUUUCCUCACAAACGGGAUUACGGAGGGGCUUGGCACGCUUUCUGUUAUUAAGCGUGUCAUAUGAUAGAUCAGAUCGUAUCAUAAGUAAGCCGGAAGCUCGAGACAAAUGGCACCCUCACGGACUUUUGCCAACUAAAGAAGCGGAUGACGUAAUCAAUACCAUGUUGGUGGUGGCAACGCUUGUGGCCAGUGUGAGUUUCACAGCUGGUUUCGCAGUUCCGGGAGGAUUGAAUGGCUCAGACCUGGCAUCCAAAGAUGACCAGGGCAUGGCUACGUUGCUGGACAAUAGAAAGUUCCAGGCCUUCGUGAUUUGCAACACCGUGGCGAUGUUAUGCUCAAUGGCCUCGGUCAUUGGCUUCCUGUUUACGUACUUGACUGAAAUCCACAUAUCGAUAUUUGGAUGCCACCUUGCAGGACUGCUACUAGCAAUUUCACUCCCGCCAACGUCCGCCGCUUUCUUAAUUGGCGUCAUCUUGACCAUUGAAAAACUCCCUUGGCUUGCCAUCGUGAUGGUAAUUUUGGGAUCCAUUUUCGUCCUCGUUAUCACAGCUGCUUUAGUAUCACCGUUCGUUGCUAUAAUUUUAAGCUGGCUUCCCCGCUUUCGGAAGAAGCACCUUCGUCCCAUCCGUCCUCUGAUAUCGAGCCUCUUUCGCGUUUACAUGAUAUUAUUUCGAAUUGAGAGGACGUUCAUUUCGGAUGACUCGAAAGUACACAGAACGGCGAGCAAGACUUCAACUAGUCCGCCUGAUGGUGACGCUGAAGAUUGAUUUGCAGAAACAAGUAUAUAUUUGCCUUGAUCUAUUUGGCUCAUUCUAUAGUUGCUUUCCUAUUGCAUUACAUUAAUGAUGAUUGUAGAAGUAUUUAAGUUAAACCACCUCUUCCUUCAA